GAUGGCGACAACACAAGACACGUACUAGAGCAGCUGUCUUGCCUUCAACUAAAACAUUUAAUUUAGAUAACUGCAGGAAAUUUUACAGCUAGAUCUAGAUCUAAAAUCGUUCUGCAAACAUUCAACAACUGCUAUGCUGCUCAUGAAACCAAAAUAACUGAACGGGAAAUCCCGGUAUUAUCUAAAGAGUUGACGUCACGUUCCAAGGGACAGAACUGUCGCUGUUCACAUUUAUCUCGCUAGAACUCUUUAAGAUGGCCGUAUCGAUUCCUAUAAAGGAGCAAUUAGCUCAACUGUUGAAUAAUCUGGAAGAGAUGAAUAGUUUGCUGAAAAGUAAUUUAAGUGACUUUGAUCAGCAGGUAAAACAAGCAACACUGGAAUGUUUGGACAAUCCCUCAGAUGCGAAAAUAAAUUUUAAAGAAGUGGUUGCUAUGAUAACAACGGUAAAUACUGCCCUACUUGAACUUAAACAAACGAUUUCUGUUUCCUGCACCAAGUAUCAAUCAAUGGUUGGAGAUAAGACAACACAAGAGAAUAAAAGUGUUGACUCUGUAGACGAUGUAAAAUAUUCUGAUCUUUCUAUGUCAGCUGAUUUUAGUAACAAACUAGAGCAGAGAGUAGAACGUCUUGAAACAGCGCUAACUUCUAUGCAAAGUAGGAAUAAAAAAACUGAAGCUGACGUGACUGAAAUUAAGCAAUGGAGGGACACUUAUAAAACAGAAGAAAGUAAUAUGAAGGAACACAUAGAACAAUUGGCUAUAAAACAAAAACAUAAUGCUAAGCAAUUCCGAAAGCAAAUUAACGAACAAAAACAUAUAACGGAAGAGAUGAAUGAAGAACUAAAACAAUUGAAUGAAUUAAAACAAUGGAGGAAAACACUUAUAUCAGAACAUAACACUAUGGCGAAAAAACUUGAAGAAUUGUCUCAGAAAGAAAAAGAUAAUAAAGAAAAGAUUAGAGAACAAAUAAAAGAAACCAAAACCAAAAUAAAUGAGUUGAAUAAAGAAAUUGAGACACUCAAAGAAAAGGAAUCAAACGCAAGACAAGCUCUAGAAAGCACGAACACAGAGAUGAACAAGUUUGACAUUAUAGCAAACAAAAUAAAUGAAGAAUUAGAAAUUCAAACAACUAAAACAGAGAAAUUGCAACAAUAUAUUAAAAAGCAUUACGAUGUUAUUUCUCACUUGAGGGAAGAAGGAAAUAAAAACCAAAAUACGGAAACCAAAGUAGAAAAGUUAAUGUCAAUGCAUAGGGUCACUUUCAAGAUCUUACAACAAAGAUUGAUGCCCCUUGAAAAUUUGAUUCAAAUGUUUAAUCAAAACUUGGCAAACAGGCAGAUAAACAAACAAAAGCUUGCAACCCUGGAAAAUGAUAUUUUGAAAUUGUCAAAUGAUCUAGAUUCAAUUAGACAAGACAUCAAAAGCAACUCUGCUGUGACUUUAACUCUACAAGAUGAAGGGAAGAAAAAUGUGGCCCAUACUACAGACCUUUUAGUAGCUUUAACUACAAAGGUUGAAACUCGAGAAAGCGAGCUUGUAAAGCUGUUGAAAGAUUUUAAGUCUAUCGAGACCCGUGUAUGUCAGCCUAACAUCUGUCAAAUUCACCUGGCUAACAACAUACCUGUAACUACUGGAUCAAUUCUUUCAACAUUUUAUAACGUGUGGGAAUCUUACGGCAGCCAUUUUAAUAGAACAACAGGAAAACUUGUAGCCCCAGAUGAUGGUUUAUAUCUUGUGAUUGUAACGCUGCAGGAAAGUGAGGCGAAACUGAUUGAAAUUGAUUUGUACAAGGGUGAUAGAUAUUGUAAGGGCUUUCUUGUCAACUCUGCUAACACAUCUACCGCUGGAUCAACUGUUGUUGACAUGAUGAAAGGCGAAGAACUUUAUUUUAAAGUGGAGAAAGCUGGUGAUGGUGCUAAGUUACAAGGAGGAAGUGGUUUCACUAUACUUAGAUUAUAAAUUUAAUCAUGCUUAUGAAAUAAUUAGUUUAUCAUUUAAUUCACGCCGAAUAUUUUCGAUUGUUUUUGAUUAUCCAAUGUGCCUAUAUUAUAUGUACAUAUCGUUUCAAUAUAUAGGUUUCGCUUUUUCUGGCAGUCAUAUUAUAGAGAAAUAUGUGAACACACUGAAUUAUAAUCUACACUGCAAUAUUUUUUAAAGCAAACGGUUUUACUUCUUUUUCGGUUGCAUUUUAAAAUACAACAAUUAAACAUACAAAUUGUUUGUGUUUGAGUGUUAUAACAUAAAUUAAUGUUAAUACAAUAUAAAGUAGCUAUGCUUCGCAUGACAUUGUGAAAUGAACAUAUACAUCAUAAACUAUUAUGUCUUGUCAACUGAGUUAGGUUUAUGUAAUACUAGGCAUACUGCCUAACCUUGCUUAGGUGUUAAGCAAAGUAUUUUGACACAAAUGUAAAAAUAAAGUCUGCAUAUAUGAAAAUGUUUUCUUACAUAGGUGCCGGUAUGUUGAGGACAGACAAAGGUAGUAUUAAAAAAGGACGUGUGUUCUUGUGUAUAAAACUUACUAGUCUUAUUUCUUACUUACACAUUAAAUAAUUAUCAAAAAUUAAAUCUCUAAAUAUAUAA